AUGACGAUAAGAAACUCAAACGUCUACGAAGACCACUCCCUCGGCCUUUAUACAGAGGAUCUAUCUUGGACUGCGCAGCACGAUGAGGCACAACCAAUCGAAAAGAAGCAAAUCGAAAACCUCACCACAACCACCACGGACAAUCGCAUUAUCUCCGGCUUCAGACGAACCGUCGCACUUUCCCGCGGCCGCCAUCCGAGUCAUCAGCUAAGUCCACAUGGACACGUCAAGUCUUCAUCCGGCAGUAGCUGCGCAGUCAACUUGGACACGACCUGUGGCUCAUUGGAAUAG